AUGUCGUCAUCUUCAAAUUUACGAGCAGAUUCCACUGGUCCUAUCUUCAAUAUGAGUGGGGGCGCGAAUCUUAAUACGUUUACCGCCGAUGAUCGAAUGCUUCUUUGGACUCUUUAUCACCAACAGCAAAUUAUACAAUUCCAGCUAAAUCUUCUCAUGCCAUCCAUACAAGAGAUGAAGAAAACUCUUGACGAGAUGGGAAACCAUUUGAGGUCUCAUAGAUCACGAGACUUACGUGACAUCAAGGAAGAAAAACGCUCUGAGCCUCUAAGCUCAGCCCCAUCUCCAGCUCCAGCCCCUGUGCGAACGGAGUCGACAACCGCACCAAUUCCCGUAGAGGCAGCUUCCACCGAGGCCGAUAGGACGCACGCGAAAGUCGGCAGCGCGAGGUUGGCAACAGCUACCGUGGAGGAAUCUCGCUCGUGCACCCCCCCUGUGGAAGUUAGUGGUCAUCCAAGCACCAUGAACCGUAGCACGAACGUGAAUAACUCGGUGGAUUCCGUCGCGGCACCGUGGGAUCCUUCCACCGGGGCUCCCAAUUGUAGAGCGAGCAGCCUCAGCUCUACCGUCGUGAGCCAGCUGAACCGCAGCCACAACCCGUUGCUCUCGUCACGGCACUCGCGGACGGCCCCGAUGGCGCACGGUGCCGCCUCCGGUUCACGCCCGCCCUCGCGUAUUCACAGCCUGCAUUCCACCCAUCUUGAGGCGGGGGGAGGGGGAGGGAGAGGGGCGACGGGCAAUAAUCCAGACCGCCCUUCCACCAGCACCUCCGCCACCGGUUACGUUGCCCCCACCAUCGCCCCCCCACGCGUUUCCUCGAUGCCCACCUUGUUAGACCGCGAAAUCCCACCCUACCGGAACAUCACCAGUGCUGGGUGUGUUAAUCAAAUAGACUUAGAGGGCACAUCUGGAUUGCUAAAGCGAGGCUACCCCACGGUGACUAAAGUAUCUGCAGAGGUAACUCAAACCAAGGAACCGGCGACGAGAGGGACCACCUCUGCGUCCUUUCAACCUGUUAGUAAGACAUUGGAACGCUUUCCAGAUGAACCGUCUUCUUUAUCUGCAGUCCGAUCUAGUGAAUCAAAAGGCAACCGUGCCUUUUCCGGCCGUAAGAAAGAUCCCCAUCCAGAUUUAAAUUCCAAGGAUGAUUCAUUCAGUGAAGGCUACGGGAGCUAUGAGUCCCAAGAGUACCUUAGAGGUAUUGGACUCCUGCAGAGAUACGAUCCUCAUUAG